GCGCACCACAAUGCCCAGCUGAUUUUUGUAUUUUUAGUAGAGACAGGGUUUCACCAUGUUGACCAGGAUGGUCUCGAUAUCUUGACCUCGUGAUCCACCCGCCUCGGCCUCCCAAAGUGCUGGGAUUACAGGCUUGAGCCACCGCGCCCGGCCGCCUCUAGGCCUUUUAGAAAACAUGGAGUUGAUCCUUUGGCCACGCAUAUGCGAAUCUAUAAGAAAGGUGAUAUUGUAGACAUCAAGGGAAUGGGUACUGUUCAAAAAGGAACGCCCCACAAAUGUUAUCAUGGCAAAACUGGAAGAGCCUACAGUGUUCCCCAGCAUGCUGUUGGCAUUGUUGUAAACAAACAAGUUAAGGGCAAGAUUCUGGCCAAGAGAAUUAACGAGCAUGUUGAGCACAUCAAACACUCUAAGAGCGGAGAUAGCUUCCUGAAAGGAGUGAAGGAAACUGAUCAGAAAAAGAAAGAAGCCAAAGAGAAAAGUACCUGGGUUCAACUGAAGCGCCAGCCUGCUCCACCCAGAGAAGCACAGUGUGAGAACCAAUGAAGGAGCCUGAGCUGCUGGAACCUCUUCCCUAUGAAUUCAUGGCGUAAUGGGUGUUUAAAAAAAAAAAGAAAAAAAGACCUCUGGACUGUUAAAAAAAAAAACAAAAGAAAAAGAAGAACAUACAUGCACUUAAAAACUUCUACAUCAGCAGGUUCUAGGCUUAGUAGCUGGAUGAUGAAAUAAUCUUUACAUCAAACCCCCAUGACACAGGCUUACAUAUAUAACAAACCUGCACAUGUACGCUGAACCUAAAAUAAAAGUAAAA